AUGCGCCUAUGGCCGUCUGGUGACGGAACAUCCGAACCACCGGUGUUCCUGGAGUGGAGAUCAUCGAAGUUCUUCAUCAUCUUUGUGGUGGUGUUUGCAGUUUUCACGGACAUAUUACUCUAUGGACUAAUAGUUCCUGUGACCCCAACUGCUCUACAUGAGAGAGUGGGUCUAUCGGAAGACAACGAACAGAGCUGGACAUCUAUCUUGCUGGCGCUUUACGGAGCAGCUCUGCUGGCAUUCUCACCCAUUGCUGGAUACAUAGCUGAUCGAAUUGAGUCAAGAUGGUGGCCUCUAUUGAUCGGCUUGAUUGCCUUGGGUGCCGCUACAGCGCUGCUUUGUGUCGGUACCCAUCUUGGUCUCUGGAUUGCUGGCCGCCUAUUCCAGGGAGCAUCAGCGGCAGUCGUCUGGACAGUAGGAUGCGCACUUCUAGUCGAUACUGUUGACAAAGAAGAGCUUGGGCAAGCGUUGGGCUAUAUUGGCAUGGGAAUGACCCUUGGAAUAAUGGGGGGUCCCCUCCUUGGCGGUGUUAUUUACGAACAUGGAGGGUAUUAUGCUGUCUUUGGAUUGGCUUUCGCGUUGAUCGGCUUAGACAUCUUGUUCCGGAUUAUUAUGAUUGAGAAGAAGUAUGCCGCAAAAUGGCUCCCUCCCACAGAAGUAUCUCCCCAAGGAGAGAAAUUGGAUAACGAAGCUGCCUCGCAAGACGCCACAGAAUCCUCUGGCCCCGCUACAAGCAAAAGCGAUCAUAAUAGAGAUGGGAACCCGCAGGCUGUAACACCUGCAUUGUCAGAAGGCUCACAAUCUAUGGAGAAAUCGGGUGACCAACGCCUGGAUAAUUCCAAUCACUCAGCAACCACCGAGCCCCAUCCAGCGAAGGCCAUACUCACUUUACUAGCAUCGCACCGCAUGAUGGUCACUAUAUGGGCAUACUUUAUCCUUUCGGUCGCCCUGACCUCUCUUGACAGUGUGCUUCCCCUCUAUGUGCAAGACACUUUUCAUUGGGGGCAGACGGGCCAGGGAUUGAUCUUUGUUCCUCUAUCUGUUCCGCACCUCAUAGACCCCAUAGUGGGAUAUAUUAACGACAAAUUUCCGGGUGUACGGCGCUACCUUGCAGCAGGCGCACUUUUCGCAACCGUCCCAGUCAUUGUCUGUUUUCGAUUUGUCACGGAAGACUCAAUGAGACAGAAAGUACUGCUCUGCGCCCUGCUAGCCCUUCUUGGGGCCUGUCUGGCUUGCCUCAUGCCCCCCAUUCUGGUAGAAGCCUCAUAUAUUGUGCAAGAGAAAGAAGAAAAGAAUCCCAAUAUAUUUGGUAAAGGGGGCGCCAUGGCUCUUUCAUAUGGGAUUUUGAAUGCCGCCUUUGCCGCGGGCAGUAUAGUCGGGCCGUUUUUUGCGGGCUAUAUUCGAGAAAGUGCCGGUUGGGCGACGAUGUCGUGGGCCCUUGCAGUACUGACGGGCGUGUCGGCCGUCCCAGUGCUGUUGUUCUUGGGUGGAUUCCUUUUCAAGAACCAGAAGAAUGUGGAACCUCGGUCUGCUGCGUGA